UAUAUUUGUUUGUUUACGUGAGUGAUAACACGUGUUCCGUGCCCCGCUUCGUUCCCGGAUUCAACAUCCCGCGCUCGCUUGCUGGUGUGUACUUAGGCCGGCCGGCAUCAUGCCUCCGAAAGGUAAAGGCGGUGACUCCAAAGGAGGAUCCAAAGGAGGCAAAGGCAAAGGUGCGGGAGAGUCAGCUGAAGCUUCAGACUCCAAAGGUGGCAAGCAGGCCAAGGGAGGAACCGCCGUCAAGGUUCGACACAUUCUGUGCGAGAAGCAGUCCAAGGCCCUGGAGGCACUCGAGAAAAUCAAGGGUGGCAUGAAAUUCAACGAGGUGGCUGCCACAUACAGCGAGGACAAAGCUCGCCAAGGGGGUGAUUUGGGCUGGAUGACGCGAGGCUCGAUGGUGGGGCCAUUCCAGGACGCAGCCUUCGCAUUGCCAGUGAGUAGCCUGGCCAACCCAGUUUACACAGACCCUCCCGUCAAGACAAAGUUUGGCUACCACAUCAUCAUGGUCGAGGGAAAGAAGUAGCCUUGCCAUUGUGCCAAUCUCAGUUCGCUGGCCACUUUUACCUUUGUUCUACAAUAAACAGGUGCCCUUUUGCAGACUA